UCCGGCUGCGCGCGCAGCGGUGGUGGCGGCGGCGUAAUCGGCUGGGUUGUAACCGUCGUCCGUCCGGUAGCGGCUGGAGCGGCAGCGGCGGCUGGGCACGGCGCGAGGCGACGCCACAGGGCAGCGGCGGCAGUGGGGGCAGCGGCGGUAGCAGGAGACGCAGCGGCGGCCGCAGCAGCAGCAGCAAGACGGACUCGUGGACACGCGCCGCCGCCGCCGGGCCGGGCCGGGUGUCGCGCGCCGAGGCUGGGGGGGAGUCGUCGCCGCCGCCGCCACCGCUACCGCCGCCGCCGCCGCCGCCGAGGUGAUUGAGGAGAGAGGCGCCUCCUCGCUCCCGCCGCCGCCGGACGUCAAUGCCCAGUCCUCAGCUCGCCAGCGUAGUAACAACUACUCAGAGUUGUGAGGAAAAGAAGAUAAUUUUUUGAAAGAAGUACUUUAUGGACUAGUAUCCUAAUUGGGGGCCAAUGUAUAUACUUUGGAUGGAAAGAAUUAAAUCCUCAAAGUGGAAUUUUGGUUUUUCGUUGGAAUAUACGUUGCACAUUUAUGGCGAUUCUGAGUGUGAGGGCAGACUUCUGCCAGGCUCAGCACAGCGUUUUUGCUGACAAGUGAGCUUGGGGGUUCUAUGUGCCAUAAUUAACAUUGCCUUGAAGACUCUGCACACCGAGACUGGCCUCAGAAAUAGUUGGCUUUUUUUUUUUUUUCUUGCAAGCAUAUUUCUUUUAAUGACUCCAGUAAAAUUAAGCAUCAAGUAAACAAAAGUGGAAAGUGACCCACACUUUUAACUUGUUUCACUAGUGCCUAAAUGUAGUAAAGGCUGCUUAGUUUUGUAUGUAGUUGGAUUUUUUGGAGUCUGAAGGUAUCCAUCUGCAGACAUUGAGGCCCAAGUUGAAUUUGGAUUCAAGUGGAUUCUAAAUACUUCUGCUUGUCUUGAAGAGAGAAGCUUCUUAAAGAAUAAACAAGUUGAAUAGAGAAAACACUGAUUGAUAAUAGGCAUUUUAGUGGUCUUUUUAAUGUUUUCUGCUGUGAAACAUUUCAAGAUUUAUUGAUUAUUUUUAAGAAAAAAUUCUUUCCCAUCACACUCACACACGCACGCUCACACUUUUUCUUUGCCAUAAUGAACCGUCCAGCCCCUGUGGAGAUCUCUUAUGAGAACAUGCGUUUUCUGAUAACUCACAACCCUACCAAUGCUACCCUCAACAAGUUCACAGAGGAACUUAAGAAGUAUGGAGUGACAACUUUGGUUCGAGUUUGUGAUGCUACAUAUGAUAAAGCUCCAGUUGAAAAAGAAGGAAUCCACGUUCUAGAUUGGCCAUUUGAUGAUGGAGCGCCACCCCCUAAUCAGAUAGUGGAUGAUUGGUUAAACCUGUUAAAAACCAAAUUUCGUGAAGAGCCAGGUUGCUGUGUUGCAGUGCAUUGUGUUGCAGGAUUGGGAAGGGCACCUGUGCUGGUUGCACUUGCUUUAAUUGAAUGUGGAAUGAAGUACGAAGAUGCAGUUCAGUUUAUAAGACAAAAAAGAAGGGGAGCAUUCAAUUCCAAACAGCUGCUUUACCUGGAGAAAUACCGACCUAAGAUGCGAUUACGCUUCAGAGAUACCAAUGGGCAUUGCUGUGUUCAGUAGGAAGAAAUAUAAGCGAAGCCUGAUUUGAUUGUGGCAUUUAGAGGGGACUCUUGGUACCUGGAAAUGUGAAUCUGGAAUCUUGACUGUGUCAUCAAAGUAGUGAUGGAUUUAGUACUCCUCAACCACUCUCCUAAUGAUUGGAAAAAAGCAAACAAAAAAGAAAUCCCUCUAUAACAUGAAUAAAAUGUUUAAGAAAAGAAAAAGAGAAAGAAAAAAGGGAUUAAUUCAGUGAAGGAUGAUUUUGCUCCUAGUGUUGGAAUUUGAAUUUCUGCCAGGAUUGAAUUAUUUCAAAAUCUCCUGUCUUUUUUAACUUUUUCAAAAUAGGUCUCUAAGGAAAACCAGCAGAACAUCAGCCUGUGCAGAACCAUCUGUUUGGGGAGCACACUCUUCCAUUAUGCUUGGCACAUAGAUCUUCCUGUUGUAGGAUUUCUUUCUUUCCUUUUUUGGGGGUGGGGGGCAGGGGGCAUAUGUUUCCUCUCUUCUCUCCUUUCCCCUAAUCCUCCCCCCACCUCCCAUUACAAGUUGUAGAUGGAAUAGGAGAAGCCCUUGUUGCUGUAGAUGUGUGUGCAGUCUGGCAGCCUUAAGCCCGCCUGGGGCUUUUUUAAGGGGAAAAAAAACGAAAAAAAAAACAAAAACCAAAAAAAAAACCACAAAACAACAAAAAAAGCAGAGGCAUAUAUAUUAUACGAUCCAGGUGGUUUUAGUCUUUGCUGAUGAUCGGGUGUUCAUGUUAGUUUCUUUUCUUGAAAACUCUAUUCCACAUUAGGCACAGUAGCCAAGAGCCUUUUGUUUGGGUUUUUGUUUUGGUAAAUUAGUGGGGAAGUGGCAUUUUAAGAGGAGUCUCUUUUUUCUCAAAAACUUAGCUGAGAGUCGAAUUCUUCUCUUUUCCAACCAAUGAAGCUAAGUGAGUAUCCCAGAAACUUGUUUUCUGAAGGGGAGUACUCCAGGUCAUCACUAAAGAUGUGUCCAGGGCAGAGAGUUUGCACACUUUCUACACCUUGUAGAAUUGUGGGCUGUAGUAUUACUCUGACUUUCUGUCUAAUGUCAGAGAAUGCUGGUAGUUUAAAAUUUUUAGUUUAGGACAUAUUUGUACUCUGAAUAUUCAGGAACAGUCAGAGGAGUAGCAGCAAAGACACAAUAUUUUGGACUUGAGAAAUGCCUGUGAUGGGUAUUUUCCAAACUGCCCCUUCUAUGUACAGUUCAGUUUAACCACUGAUUGCCUUGUUAUUUUCUUACUAGGUUCUUUAUGAGAUUAAAAAAAAAAAAAUCGCUGGUUCAAAACCAACAAUGCCUAGUGAGUAUGUGUCCACAGGCCCUAACAGGGUAGGAGAGAGACAGAGCAGCCCGACGACCAGUAGCAGGAGGGGCUGUUGUUAGUGGAAUUGGUGUAGUGUCAUUUUUGCUGAUUCUUUGCUGGGUUCAAUGUGCUGAUCUAAAAAAGCUGUCUUUCUGCUCUUUUGUGAAAGGCAGUUGUGACCGGGCUGCAUCGACAAAGCAAGUUGAAGGAUACCAUCAGGGGCUCUUGCACUCUUUAUCUAAAUACCGUGUUUCCCCGAAAAUAAGACCUGGCUGGACAAUCAGCUCUAAUGCGUCUUAUGGAGCAAAAAUUCAUAUAAGACUGAGUCUUAUAUAAUAUAUAAGACCACUGGAUCGUAUGUGAAUUUUUGCUCCAUAAGACGCAUUAGAGCUGAUUGUCUGGCUAAGUCUGAUUUUCAGGGAAACACGGUAGUAUACUUCAUAGUGCUCUGCUUCUAAGGAUUUGAAUAAAAAUUUAGGGUGAUCUUGUCCUGCUGGAAUUUGCUGUGCAGAGCCCUAAACUUCCCAUUUUGUUAGGAUCAGCUAGGCCAGUAGGAAUGGACCAGGACCUUGUCUCAGUGAUGAUACCUCAGACGUUGGCUGGCUCUGUGAACUGCCUAUCUCUUGUGCCGGAGCUGUUUUGCUUUUUAACAAAAUGAAAAUCUGUAGAUUCUCUCUUCCCCAUCCCAGAAAACAAAGCAAAAUAAUGCUUUUUUGAAAUUGUUUCUAGGAUUUUAAAGUGAAAAAUGAUGGUACUACCCAAAAUUAUUUCAGAACAUGACAAUAGAUUUCUUUAACAUAGGCUAAAGAUCAAAACAGCAUAUCUUCUAAGCUCAGAUAGACUGUCUGUUGCUUCCAAGGGUUUUGAUCAAUACCAUAACAAACCUUUUUCCUUUGACAUGCUCUGAUUUUUGUUGUUUGGGGGGAGGGAGAGACAGAGAGACAAUGUGUGUGUGUGUGUGUGUGUGUGUGUGUGUGUGUGCGCGCGUGCGUGCGUGCGUGCAGUGUCCACCGUAUCAGUGCCUGCCUGAGUUAGGAAAAUUACAUUCCUGGUUCUGUAUGAGAAGGGUAAUAAAGCAACAUGAAACAUUAGCUCUCAUUUUGUUUUAAAUUACAGACUAAUGUUAAUUGUUCUCAGAACUGGAUUUUCUUUCUGAAAAUUAAAAGGUUUUUUUUUUCUUUUGGAUUUAAUGAAGUAUUGCUAGCUGAAGCAGUUUGACAUGGUGAGAGAGAUGUCAGACUGAUGAAAGGUGUGCAGCCUGAUUUAAAACCAAACCCUGAACCCUUUUAAAGAACAAUAAACAUAUUUUACAUGCUC